UACUACUUUGGUUUGAAAACCUAGUUUAAUGUGAGCUUUAACAUAAAACAACAUGCGAGACAUAGCCCCCUAUUUUAUAAAAGACUUUCUCUUCGCCGUCUUUUUAAUGUAUUCUUUAUGCAUGUAGUGGUCUCCCUGUCAAAAUGUAUUUCAUAUUUUUUAUGGCAAUCCAAUAAAGCAAGCGUUAGGUUUUAAAAAACAACGUAUCGAGCUAUAUUUCCUAGGGGGUGCUCAGUGCAACAGCAAAAGGUGUAUUGGAAGCAAGGCAAUAUGGCGGCCGGCUGCUCCUGGCUAGUAGUGCUGGCAUCUGUGCUGUCGUGCAAUGUCGUCCAAACGUUGUUGCCAUCUAUCACUUCUUUUGUGUCUAAAGCCUUCCAGAAAGAUGCAGAACAAGAAAUGGAGAUGAGGACAGAGAUCCAGAAUUUGAAAAGAGAGCUCGCUACCAUCAGUAUGAUGGAUGAGUUUGCCAGGUAUGCUAGGCUGGAGCGCAAGAUUAACAAGAUGACCGACAAACUAAAGACACACGUUAAAAUGAGAUCUGCUCAACUGGCAAAAAUCAAAUGGGUAGUGAAAAUAUUUUUCUAUGUUUUGCAGGCCGCUCUGAUGAUCUGUCUGAUUUGGACAUAUUAUAACGAUCCAGUGACUGUUCUUCCCAGUAAGUGGAUUACCCCUCUGGAACGGGUGGUCGCUUUUCCAUCUGGAGUGGCAGGUGGUGUGGGUAUCACAUGCUGGCUUGUGGUAUGCAAUAAGGUGGUGGCUACCAUUCUACGCUCUGUUUCUUAAGGGAAGAACUCUGCCUUUCCUUGUGGAGAAGCAUAACCAAGUUUAUUCUGCACUGUGGAACAUCAGCAACCCAUUGUUUUGGUCUUUUUUUGUGGCAGAAUCAGAAAGAUGUAUAUUUGUUAUUGUUUGUAUCCUUUGGAACAUAAUUUAUGUUGUGUCAAGAUCAAGUAUGUUUCAUUUAUCAAAAUCUAUGAAUUCAUAGUGAAAACAUGCGUUUUGGUAAGAGUAUGACUAAUGAAUUCUGGGUCAGCAAAUGCAGAAACGUUCAUGUCUUUUCCUUAUUCUGUAUAUUUUCAGCUGCAGAUUUGUGGGCAUAAACAUGAUGGUACCUGAUUUAAUUUGACCAACACUGUGGCUUCUCUGCUGACUAAUUUUAUUUAAGGUUUCAUUAAAGUUAUAUUUUGUGGUUGAAACUGAUUCACAACACUUGAGUUUAUUUUGCUGUAUAUUCAAGAAUGCCCAUAGAUAUGCUGUGCCUGGCAGAAAUAUCACUGAAGACAACAUAAAAUGCUUCAAUUUUAAAGAUUUUCUUUCAUAAUUAUCCCUAGAAACAGUUGUGGUAAAAUGUCAGGAACACUAGUUAGUGCAUUUAGAUUUAGGCCUCAAUUAUGGCAACGAUCA